GAGAAAGAAGCACCAGAAACCUCUCAAGAUAGAGAGAGAAAGAAAAACAAAGAAGAGAAGAAGAAAAAAGAAAAAUCAGAGGGAGAGAGAGAGAUAGAGGAGGGAAGAGGUUUUGUUAAGGAGGAGGACUGAAAGAGUGUGGAUUAAGAGCAGAUUUCAAGGCUCUGGUUCCCUUCUCUCUCUCUUCCUUUCUUUUGUCUCUCUCUCUCUCUAUUCUGUUUUCAUUUCUAAAAGGAUUGGGCUCUUCUAGUUGCUUUGUAAGUUAUGAGGAGAGGAAGAGGAUCUACUGCUGCUGCAGCUGAAGUGGUGAUGAUGGUAGGAGGAAAUGAAAUAAUAAAUCAAGAAGAAGAAGAAGUGAAAGAGAUGAGAUAUAGAGGUGUUAGAAAAAGACCAUGGGGUAGAUUUGCAGCAGAAAUUAGAGAUCCAUGGAAGAAAACUAGAGUCUGGUUAGGUACUUUUGAUUCAGCUGAGGAUGCAGCUAAAGCUUACGAUACUGCUGCUCGUAAUUUAAGGGGUCCUAAAGCUAAAACCAAUUUCCCAUCUUCACCCAUUCAUCCAUAUCAAACAAUUUAUCAUCAACAGCAACAGCAAAGCACCAAUAUUUAUAAUAAUCAGCAAUACCAUCAGCAAAAUCACAAUCAAACUCAAGUUAAUAAUAUUCAGAGACCAACUAGUAGUAGUUUAAGUAGUACUGUUGAAUCGUUUAGUGGUCCGAGAUUUUCUUCUCCAGCCUUGAUUCAUCAUGCACCAUCUCAGCAGCAGCAGCAUAGAAGACGGCGGCCUCAUCGACAACCAGUUGAUCCUGAUCAAGAUUGUCAUAGUGAUUGUGAUUCUUCUUCAUCUGUGAUUGAUGGUGAUAAUCAUCAUCAUAUUACUGCAGCAUCUAGUUCAUCUUCUGCUUUUAACAUCAGGAGCAAACAACCAUUACCAUUUGAUCUUAACUUUCCUCCUCCCGUGGUUGACUAUUUAAAUAACCAUGAUGAUGAUUUAGCUCUGUGUCUUUGAGUUGAUCGUCUCCAUGAAUUGAUGAGGGAGUUCUAGGAAGGAAAUUUUUUAUCUUUUUCUUUUCUUUUGGUGUUGUUGGUGAGGUUGUUGUUGUUAAUCAGAUUAUAGGUGGGGUUUAAUUAUAAAUUAGUUUUCAUUAUGAUGAGCUUCUUCAUCCCUUUGAGAUAGGGCUUGAUUAUGAAUCUUCAACUAUUUUCAUUGAUAUCAAAAAUUCUGAUCUCUUUGUAAUUGUUGAAGUCAGAUCUGAUAUGAGGUUCUUUUAACUUGAACCUCUUGGAACUGAUCUGAUCAAUUGUUGUACUCUUUAUUUUACCUUUUCUUUUCUUUCUUUUAUUGUACAAAAUUUAAUCUAAUUCAAUGAAAGUAUGAGGAUGGGGAUGAUGAAGGACAUAUAUACAUAUAUAUGUAUAUCUUAAAAUUUUCA